UAGCUUAUCAAUAAGUUAUCAGCCGAUAGCAGGCUGUAUCGUUACAGCCAGUACAGAGAUAGUUCGGUACCUAGCCAAUCCAAUGUAUUACAAAGAAAUGGUAAGUCAUCAUACAUAAAUAAUGAGAUUAAUAAGUGUAAUUCGUGUACACUUAGUGCUAAUCACCUGUCCGCGAUGGACAAUUGAUUUGUACAGUCGAUCGAGUGUCGUGGAGUGAAAUGUACAUUAUAAAAUGUACACAUUUUAUCUAGUUUCGUUCGUAGUGUUUUUAUACAUUGUAGCGGCCAUAAGCCUGGUGAUAGAACGGUACCAGAACGAGAAUGGUUCCGGUGGCCGCAGCAGUGGCAUCCACUCGGCUAGUGCGAGCCCCACGCCCUCCGAGCGGUCCUCUCCCCGCUCCCUGCACUCCCGACACAACAGGAACGUCACUCCUCCCCUCCGUGAAGAAGACGACGUGUCUGACUGGGAGGAGGGGGAUGCCACCGAUGAAGCCCUAGAGGUGCCGCGUCGCGUGCCCUUCCCUGAGUUUGGAGGAGACAUAGUGCAUAACACAGAUAAUGAGGACCGUGAGUUCGACGAAGUUUCCAGUAGCGACCUACAGGCUGUCGACGGUACAUGGGAAGAGAACUGGCUCUUCCAGAAAAAGAAAAUCAAGACUAUACAGUCUGUGCCCGUGCCCAUGCUGGUCCCCAACUCUAACACAGAGUACAGGGCGCUGAUUGGUGACAGAGAUGCCGACGACACUACAGACCUCUCAGACAAUGCAAGUGACUCUGAAGAGCAAGCAGAAUACAAGAGUGACAUGAAGAAAGUUCUAGACUCCAAGCACGUCAUAGGCGGUAAACCUAAAGUGGAAGAAUGUGAUUUUGAACCCGAUAGUCUCACCAUUAUCGACGGAGUCGACGAUGACUUUAACAAACUCGUUGAGAAAAUGGAUGAUGAUGACACAGUAGACGCAAUCAUUAACGAAAUUAAUGAUAACAAAGUUACUGUUGUUGAGACUAAUAACGUAAACACGGUAGAUCAAGUUGAUGGUGGCAAAUUAUUAGUUUCUAUAGAAAGUGGGCCAUUAACAAAAGCAGAAUUUGCGGUAAAGGAGGAGAUCCACAGAACACUUCUAAAUGGGAAUGCAGAAGAAUUUAUGAAUGAUUUGAGUGUUCAAACAAAUGGUGACAUUUUGCACAAUGGGCAUGCAGAAGUAAACAGCCUAGACAGCUUUACUAACAACAAGGAAUCGACGAAUACUCUGAGUCAUCACGAGCGUGAAGGUGAAUACGAGGAAACGGUGACAGUGCCCGUGCAGAGGUACGCAGACAGUCUCCGCAGGAAGCAUUUCGAUGACGGACCUCAGGAAAUUCCCACUCGCGAUACUGAUCAAGAUGAUUUGAUACCAGGUUCAAUAGCUUACAGAGAGCGUAAGAAAUGGCUGAACUAUGUAGAAAUGCCGAACAACCCUUACUCACCGGAAGCCAUUCAGAAAAGGCUAUCCGCCAAGAAUACGUCAUCACUGUUCGACAUGUUCACUGCAAAAAAGGAAUCAGAUGAUGACAACAUAGAAAUAAACGAUAAUGAGGCAGAUGAGGGCGACACUGAAAUCAAUGAUCUUCCAGUUAAAGAUAAUCAACACAAUAAAUUAAGUUUAACGAUGAGUAAUGAUAGUAUAAAUAGUAUCGGAAGAACAACAAAAAGUCCGUCGCCUAGAAUAUUGAAAGAUGUGAUGGCUGAGGAAAUUCCACAAUAUAAACGUUACGGACGUGAUUAUUAUAUAAGAGAGGCCAAGGCGUCGUGCGGCGGUCGCAAAAAGACGAGCGUGGACGAGGCGAGCACGGUGUCCUCGGCGUCAAUGAAUAAAUCUACCAGUUUAGACAAUUUCGACGCCGAGUUCGCGUCGCCUGGAUUACUUAUAAAACAAUUCCACACGAUAGCGACGAACCAACAUUACACAAAGUUCGCGAACAAAGAGGACAUGGCGUCGGUGACUACAAGCACUAACAACAACCAUGAAAUUAUGAUUGAGUAUGACGACGACGCCAGCGAACACACGCUAUUCGCCGCUAAACCCGUGUACGUCGAAGAUGACACAGACAAACAGUUCGAAGAAAUUCUAGAAACAGCUUCCAAAGUGCCAAAAGAGCCUCCACCUCCAGUACCUACAGCUCAAAACGAAGAUCCAACCGAUGAACCUCUGAAAUCCCCGCUGAGCGUGGACACGUCUUACAUAAGCACGAGUAGCAUGGAGGACUCCAUCAAAAUCUACAACGUGCAAACAGGAGAGAUUAUUAAAUGUAAGCCUGAUAACGUAUCACCAAGCUAUGAGGCUGACACCAACGACAACACCGAUAUCGUUGAUAACAACAUCUCGGAAACUGAUACUGUUAGUUAUACGGAUGACGUGACCGAAGACAGUCCUGUCGAAGACACCAAAUUGUCGAAGCUAGAGAGAGCUAGAGAAGCGGAUGACAUCCUGCAGAACCUGCCCAAAGUGAAGGAACUGGCGAAGAUAUUUGUUAGCAUGGAGAACGUCGCAGAACCAGUCAAGCCAGUGCAACCUUACUCGGCGCGGAGGAAGAGCAAGGAAAACAUCCUGUCAGAGAGCAAACCAGAGAAGACCAAGCAGCAGUACAUGCACAGCCUCACAGCGAGGAGCAUCUCUAAGGAGUUCAGGGAGGAACUUAAACUCUCCAUGUCCACGCCGCUCACCGUCCCGGGGGGCUCCAAGGAAAUCCCCGAAGGCAUUGAAGAGGUCACAAAAGAAUCUAGCAGGCCCGGUAGCCCCGUGCCAGAACCAGGCACCAUCAAAACAAAACUCGCCUUCUUCGAAAGUCUCAAGUCAAAAUUUAGUAAUAAGUGAAGCGUUUGAUAGAUUGAAAAGCGAUGCCAUAAACACAAAUUAAAUUAAUUACACUAAGUAAAUUGUAAAUACGAUGUGAUGUGCUCGCGGGGAUUAUGUCAAAUGUGUUCAACGUUGCACUUCGCUGUCGCUUUUCAGUGUAACAAAUGUUCACUAAUCGUAGAAUCAACAAUCUCUUAGAUACCGUGCACAACGUAGCAUGAGAGAUAUUAGCAUGAUUUUCAGUUCAUUGCGUGCUGUCUAUCGCAGUAGUUUAACUACAAUUUGUUUGUUUUGUACCAAACAAGUGAUGUAGUUAAAAUACUAAACGAGGGCAGAAUUCCCUGUAGUUAUACAGUAAUGUAGAGCGUAGAGCAUAAUACCUAGUAGCGGUCACAUUAUUUAAUGAGAGUAAAUGGUAGGUUACGGUGUAAAUAUUAAGUGCCAUUUUGUAAUCAUCAUUUCCCAUUUAUUUAAGUUAAUUAGAAAUUGAGGGAGUGUUGCGGAAGAAAUGUGCAUUACUUCAUUUACUCUAGUUUCUCUGUAAAAUAUAUGAGUGGGCAUUAUUGAUAUAAUAAUAUAUCGAUGUAUUUAUUUAAAAUAUUGCAAAUUGUGUUGUGAUAUCCUUUAAUAAAAUCUACGGCGUGGCCGAGCGUGAAGAAAUAGGUUGCCUAAAUCUUCUUUACAAUUGGACUAGUACCUACCUUAAGUUUUGUAGAUGAUAAACUAAAUUCGGCUUUGUAUGUUCAUAAAUUUGGUACAAAAUCACUUAACAUACCAAACGAAAAUUGUGUAAAUAGGCGAAAUUAAGCACAUUUCUUCGGCAACAUACCAUUGAGUUUAGCUAAUGCCAAAGUUGUAAAUAAAUAAAUAUAAUUGGGUAUAUGUACGUAUACAUAGGUUGUGUACUAUAUAUUGUAUAAAUGGUAGGAUGUGCAAUAAGUUUACUUAGCGGACCAUUUGUAUGUGAUAGGCGUGUUCGACACUACAUCACACGUCGACAAAUAUGGAUAAGGGUGGCAUACAAUAAAAUAUUUAACGUAU